AUGCAAAGGCAAAAGAAUGGUAAAUACAUAUCUCCCGACAUUCAGAAUCAGUUGAUAAACAUAAUUGGUGAAGACAUCCUACAAGCAAAACUUAUUGAUGAAGUUAGACAAGCUAACAUCUAUUCCAUUAUGGCUGAUGAGGUAACAGCACACAACAAAGAACAGUUAUCGAUAUGCCUCAGGUUUGUUGACAAUGAAAAUAAUGUCUGUGUAGAAUUCUUGGGAUUUGUCUCUGUGAUCAGAAUUACUGGAAAAGCCUUGGCAUGUACACUGUUAACAACAUUAAGGAACGCAGGCCUACCUGUCGAAAACCUAAGAGGACAAGGUUAUGAUGGUGCCGCAUCGAUGUCUAGCAACACUGUUGGCGUUCAAGCAAGAAUACGCAAAGAAGCCCCAUUAGCAGUUUAUACACACUGUAGCAGUCACUGCCUUAAUCUAGUCCUGGCACACGCCUCUGCAUUAACACCAGUAAGGAACAUGUUGGACAAGUUAAAGGAGACAUCAUUAUUCUUCAACAGCAGUCCUAAGUGCGAGGCCCUCCUAUCGAGCAUCAUUCGGACUUGCAAUCCCCAUGAUACAUCAAGAAGGAAGUCUCUGCUAGACCUCUGCAAGACGAGAUGGGCAGAACGACACCGAGCGUACCAGCACUUCUACCAGGCAUAUAUCUACAUAGUGAAAUGUUUGGAAGUUAUCGCUCAUGGUCUGCAUAACGAUGAAGGUUUCGAUGCAGAUUUGGCUCAGAAUGGUAACUGGGACAGAAACAGCAAGGCCAGGGCAUCAUCUCUUCUCAAUUCCCUGUGUGAUUUUCAAUUCAUCGUUACAUUUACGACCGUUUACAAACUCUUAUCUCGAUUGCAUGGCGUUACUGUUCUUCUACAAAAAGAAGCAAGUGAUAUUGUAAGUGCUGUUUCGAUGAUCGAUGGAGUAAAGGAAGAGUACAAGGAAAUAAGAAAUUAUUUCGACAGCUACUUUGAAGGAGUGUACCAGCAUGCUGUUUCUGUAGCUGCUUCAGUUGGCACUGAACCAACAGUACCACGGGUUGCGAAAAAUCAGAUGCACCGUGACAAUGCCGUGUCAAGUAGCCCUUUGCAGUACUAUCUAAGGAAUACUGCAAUUCCAUUUAUCGAUCAUAUCAUUGCAGAACUUGAUAGCCAAUUCUCCGAUGUUUCUAAGAAGGCCUCAAAGUUAUUGGCACUUGUUCCAAGUGUGUUUCUAACGAAGGAUAUCGGCUACGAGGACAUCAAAGCUUGUGCCGAGUUGUAUGACGAUGACUUGCCUUGCCCAGAAGUUCUGGAAGAAGAAUUAAUCGGUUGGCAAAUGAAAUUUAAGAAGUUGCCAGAUUCUGCACAAAUUCCCAACAACUGUGCAGAUGCGCUUAAGCAGUGUAAUGAAGUGCAAUUUCCAAAUAUUUUUUAUUCUUCUCAAGAUCGCCUGUGUCAUUCCUGUGACAUCCUGCAUUUGUGA